UCUCAAGCAAAAUAAGCACAAAACAACAAUGCAAAUUUAAUAUAAAUCGCUCUGCUGUCUGGGACGGAGCUGUGAGAGGAUUCCAAAGGGUGUCCUAUGACCCCAACUUGAUGAUCACUGUAAAAUUCUCAGAUGACAUGGGGAGAAACGAGGAAGGGAUUGAUUUAGGAGGGCCAAGGAGAGAAUUCUUGAGGCUGCUGAUGGAGACCAUGGCCAGGUCACCCAUGUUUGAAGGAAAUGAAAACAGCAAGAACUUUGCUCUUGACAGUGCUGCUCUAAGAGAGGACCGGUACUACACAGCUGGCAGAGCCAUUGCUGUAAGCUUGGUACAUGGCGGUCCGCCACCAAACUUCCUCUCACCAACAGUAUAUUCUCUUCUGGUUAAUGGUUCAGCAAAACCAGUGCUAGAAGACAUAGCUGACAUGGAACUUUUGGAAAAAGUCAAAAAGGUAUCUGAAAGUACUACCCUUGAGGAACUUGAGAUGUCAAAGGCCCCGCUGCUUGACUACUUGGCCAAUGCAGGAUGUCUGAGGCCGAUGCGAUCAAAAAGAGACAGGGACUUGCUGGUAGAUGACAUUGUCAUGUUCCAGGUCAUCCACAGGGUUCAAGGGUUCUUCGACUGA